AUGGGUUCUUCUUUGGUUGGUUUAGCACAAUCAUCAUCGUCUUGUUCUUCAAAUUUGAAAUGGAGUUAUGAUGUGUUUUUGAGUUUCAGAGGUGAGGAUACUCGAAACAACUUCACUAGUCAUCUUGACAGGGCCUUGCGUGAAAAGGGUGUCAAUUUCUUCAUAGAUGACAAGCUAGAGAGGGGUGGUCAAAUUUCUGAAUCCCUUCUCAAAUCUAUUGAUGGUUCUAAAAUUUCCAUCAUUAUUUUCUCCAAAAAUUAUGCAUCUUCCACCUGGUGUUUGGAUGAACUGGUGAAAAUAGUUCAGUGCAUGAAAUCCAUGGGACAUAUAGUUUUUCCUGUCUUCUACAAGGUGGAUCCAUCUGAGGUUCGAAAACAAACUGGUGGGUUUGGUGAAGCAUUGGCCAAACAUGAAGCUAAUGAGUUAAUGACCAACAAGGUUCAACCAUGGAAGGAAGCUUUGACCACUGCUGCUUCUUUGUCUGGUUGGGAUUUAGCAACUAGGAAGAAUGAGGCUGAUCUUAUUCAUGACCUUGUUAAGGAGGUGUUGUCUAUAUUAAAUCAAACACAACUACUACAUGUAGCCAAGCAUCCAGUUGGAAUUGAUUCUCAACUUAGAGCUGUUGAGGAAUUGGCCUCCCAUGAUGUGCCCGAUGGUGUUAACAUGGUGGGGAUACAUGGGAUGGGAGGCAUUGGUAAGACCACUCUGGCCAAAGCUUUAUACAACAAAAUCGCUUAUCAAUUUGAAGCUUGUUGCUUUCUUUCGAAUGUUAGAGAAACCUUAGAGCAAUUCAAAGACCUGGUUCAACUACAAGAAAAACUACUCAGUGAGAUCUUAAAAGAUAAUGCUUGGAAGGUGGGCAACGUUCAUAAAGGAAAGAAUAUCAUUAGGGAUCGGUUAUGCUCAAAGAAAGUUCUUAUCAUUCUUGAUGAUGUGGAUAAGGAUGAACAAUUAGACGCACUAGUUGGUGAACGUGAUUGGUUCGGUCGAGGAAGUAAAAUCAUAGCAACAACAAGAGAUCGACAUUUACUAGAAAACCAUUCAUUUGAUAUAGUAUAUCCUAUUCAGUUGUUGGAUCCUAAGAAAUCCCUUGAGCUUUUUAGCCUGCAUGCUUUUAAGCAAAAUCAUCCCUCAAGUAAUUAUGUAGACCUUUCAAAAUUUGCUGUAAGUUAUUGCAAAGGUCUUCCAUUGGCUCUUGUUAUUUUGGGUUCUCUUCUCCAUAAGAGAGAGCGAAAAAUAUGGAAAAGUAAAUUACAUGAACUUGAAAAUUCCCUCGAACCAAGUGUUGAAGCUGUUUUUCAAAUAGGUUUUAAGGAGCUUCACGAAAGAGUGAAGGAGAUUUUUCUUGAUAUUUCUUGCUUUUUCGUGGGAGAGGAUAUUAACUACAGUAAGGAUGUGUUAAAGGCAUGUGAUCUCAAUCCAGACUAUGGAAUUAUAAUUCUUAUGGAUCUUUCCCUUGUUACUGUUGAAGAUGGAAAGAUACAAAUGCAUGAUUUAAUACAACAAAUGGGUCAAACAAUUGUUCGCCAUGAAUCUUUUGAGCCUGCAAAAAGGAGUAGGUUGUGGGAGGCAGAAGGAGCUAUCAAGAUAUUGAAAGAGAAAUCUGGAACUAAAGCAGUUAAAGCCAUAAAGUUAGACUUGCACUACAAACCUUGGCUGAAAAUUGUUGAAGCAGAAGCAUUUAGAAACAUGAAAAAUCUUAGAUUGCUUAUCCUUCAAAGAGUAGCAUACUUCCCUAAAAAUAUAUUUGAGUAUUUACCUAAUUCGUUGAAGUGGAUUGAGUGGUCUACAUUUUAUGUUAACCAGUCUUCGUCCAUAAGUUUUUCUGUGAAAGGUCGGCUUGUCGGACUAGUUAUGAAAGGUGUAGUCAACAAACAGCCAAGGAUUGCAUUUGAGAAUUGUAAAACAAUGAAGCAUGUUGAUCUGAGUUAUUGUGGCACGUUAAAGGAAACUCCCAACUUCUCUGCCACAUUAAACCUUGAGAAAUUAUAUCUUAGGGGAUGCACGAGUUUGAAAGUGAUUCACGAGUCUGUGGCUUCUCUUAGUAAGCUUGUUACAUUGGACCUUGAAGGUUGUGACAACCUAGAAAAGUUUCCAAGCAGCUAUCUCAUGUUAAAAUCUCUUGAAGUUUUGAAUCUUAGUAGGUGCAGAAAAAUUGAAGAAAUUCCUGACUUGUCUGCAUCUUCAAACCUUAAGGAACUAUAUCUCAGGGAAUGCGACCGUUUGAGAAUAAUUCACGACUCUAUUGGUCGUUCUCUUGAUAAGCUUAUUAUCUUGGAUCUGGAAGGCUGUAAAAACCUUGAAAGGCUACCAAUUUACACCAACAAGUUAGAGUCUCUUGAACUUUUGAAUCUCGCUUCAUGUCUAAAGCUUGAAACUUUUUUUGACAAAAUUACUGACUUUUCAAUGGCAUCAAACCUUGAGAUAUUAGAUCUCAAUACUUGCUUCUCUUUAAGAAUAAUUCACGAGUCUAUUGGGUCUCUUGAUAAACUUAUCACCUUACAACUCGAUUUAUGCCAUAACCUAGAAAAGCUUCCUAGCAGCCUGAAGUUGAAGUCUCUUGAUUCUUUGAGUUUCACUAAUUGUUACAAGCUUGAACAACUUCCAGAAUUUGAUGAAAACAUGAAAUCUUUAAGGGUGAUGAAUUUGAACGGUACAGCCAUAAGGGUGUUACCUUCAUCAAUUGGAUAUCUUAUUGGGCUCGAGAAUUUAAACCUUAAUGAUUGUGCAAACCUGACUGCCCUUCCAAAUGAAAUUCAUUGGCUAAAAAGUCUCGAGGAACUUCAUCUUCGCGGGUGUUCUAAACUCGACAUGUUUCCCCCGAGAUCAAGCUUAAAUUUUUCCCAAGAAAGCUCAUAUUUCAAGCUGACGGUAUUGGAUCUCAAAAAUUGUAAUAUAUCAAAUUCUGAUUUCCUCGAAACAUUAUCUAAUGUCUGCACUUCCUUGGAGAAGCUAAAUUUGUCAGGAAACACAUUCUCUUGUCUACCCUCUCUCCAAAAUUUUAAGUCAUUAAGGUUUCUUGAAUUAAGGAAUUGCAAGUUUCUUCAAAAUAUAAUAAAGCUUCCCCAUCAUUUAGCUCGGGUGAAUGCCAGUGGUAGCGAAUUGUUGGCUAUACGUCCUGAUUGCAUUGCUGAUAUGAUGUUCGGAAAACAGGACGCUGAAUUUAGUGACUCAACAAAAGUGCUCUUCAUAACAAACAAUGAGAUUCCAAAAUACUGCAACAAACAAACUACGAGAAGUUCAAUGAGUGUUAGGUUUCGUCACAAUUUAGAUAAGAACAUACCAGCUUUGGUUCUGUGUGUAAUUUUCAAAGCAGAUGGAGAUUCAUGUGACGAAGCGGAGGGUUUUAUUCAUUUUGAAGUGUCAAUCGACGGUGAAAUAAUAAUGGCUUCUACUGUGGGAUGUUGUUGGUCCUCAAAAUCAGAACAUAUGUUGUUACUAAGAACUUCUCCAACAAAAUUAAGAUACUUGCACGCCAAUGAUCGACACCACAUCAAAGUCUUGUUUCCCAACACAACAUCAAAAUUUGUAUCGAAAAGAUUUAAAAGUGCAAAUGUUAUUAUGAGAACCCAAGGAGUCUAUAUGGUUGAUAGACGGUUUUCAUGCUAUACAUAAACUCUCACUGAUGUCAGGGAUUGGAGGAGCAAGACAAUCGGUGAGUGUGUGUAGCAUUUCAUUUCAUUUGCUUCCCUAUUCCAUUUUGUCAACUCACAUUACAACCGCAUAAUCUUAUAAUAUAAGAUUUUUUUUUGCUUUUCAUGACGUUUAUACUGUUGGAAGCGUACGAUGAACACCCCAAAUAGAUAAUUACCAAAUAGAAUAUUUAAGAGGAAAAACAAACUUUAUUGGAA